AUGGAGGCUGCAGUGCAGCACUUGAGAAGACUGGAAUGGGCGUUGGACCUUACCAGACCUUUUGGAGGGGAUCUCCUUGAGCUGAUAAUAAACCAGGUUAAACAAUUGGAAUGUAAAAUCGGCGAGAUGAUUGAAACCUUCAACGGCUUAAUACCAUUGUUGGCAGACGAGCUGCGCUACAGGGCCCCAGUAACUGCUACCAGAUCCGUUGGCCGGCCAUCAUUCAUUAUCACAAAAGAACAACUCGAAAUUAUGCGAUCGUAUGGCUUAUCGUGGAUGGACAUAGCGAAGGCACUUGGUAUGUAAAGAUCUUUGUUUGUUAUAUUUCAAACACAAGAAAAAACGUUUCGUGGGUAGACUUUGUACGUAGGAAAGGGUGUGGGUUGGUAUUGGUUUGGGUUUAGUUGAGACUUUAAGAGACCCAGUCAGCUAGAUAUAUAUAUCAUGCAUGAAUGAUAAGGUUCUCACUAUAUUUCGUGUCUUUUUCAAUUUGUCUUUCUCGUCUGUUUACGUUCUCCAGGCGUUUCAGUUUCAACCAUCUGGAGGCGCCGAGCGUAUUUCCAGAUCCGACGAAGUAGACAUAGAGGAAGGAGGGAGAUUACUAUGACAGAAUUGAAGGAGAUAAUAGCACGAAUAAAAGAAACGGCGGUCGACGCGGGAAUCAUUAUGAUAGAGGGGGAAUUGUCCGGACAAGGCCUGUAUGCCUCUAGGGUAGCGAUAUCUGAGGCACUAAUGACCUUGGAUCCGAUCGGGGCAAGCUUGAGAUGGCGAGAUUUCACAUCUAGAGUAAAAUAUAAUGUUCCAGGUAAUUGUGUGACGUGGAUACGAUGCCCCGAAGAAGAAGUAGACUACUUCAUUAGGCAACAAACCCAUUAAUUUUUGCACUAACUUUAGAUUACACUGUAGAACAUCCUGUAAGCGACUACCCCUUUACGCAAAAAAUUCAGCGGUCACUUAGGUGAGGAGGUCGAGGGAGAUCUUUUCCUACUAGACGUCCGAAUAAACCUACUUUCUUUAACACAAGUUAUCGUAUACAAUUUUAAGGUUACGAUAAAAGUUCUACAUAUCCUUUUAGCGUAUGAACGAAAGCCAAUCGGUUGCUUACUAAAGUUGAAAACCGGCGAGGCAAAUUAUAAAACGGUUACCCCAAAAAAGUGGACACGGUCGCUUUCCAGAGGUUUCAACCAUCAAGUUUUGAUUGUAAGGUUUUUCAUUUUUAUUUGGACAUAAAGUCGCUUAUGGCAGUUGAGCGAAAGUUACCUUAUUACUGGCCAAUUCUAUGUGCUUAUCUAACAUAACAUAACUUUUAUAUAAAACAGAAACACGGAAGAUUUUCUGCUCAUUCCGAUUUCCCUCAUUCCACCCCAUCCUCUUGUAUAAUUUCGCGCUUCUGUACUUGCACGAGUGAAUAAAUAAGGCCAAGACGAUGAAAAAGAGAAAAAAAAGUUACAAAGGUUUAUUGUGGUCGAAAUUCCAAGACUAUAAACUAUAUUUACAGAAGUAUAAACUUUUUUUCAGGACCUAAUAGUCUUUGGCAUCUUGACGGAAACCAUAAGCCUAUGAGGUAAAGAUGAGUUUGUGUGGCAAAAAAAUUAAAAAAUUAAUCAACAGAACUUUAUUUGCAAUCGAUAAAAUCACCAUAGCAAUAAUAAUGAUAAUCCUUUUAGUCUGAGAACGUCAUGUAUGUAUAUUAUUCCGAGGAAUUAUAAUUACUCUACUGCAGUUUUUCUUUUCUUUUGUGUAUAGUUUUUUUACAAGACUCUGAUAAACAUGUUGUUCAUAAUAAUGAUAAUAUUAAUAAUAAUAAUGAUGAGAAUAAUAAUAAUAAUUAUACCAAUUCCAAAUAGAGUGAAUCUUCAUGUGGACAGGAUUUCUUGAAGUGACCCCUUUCCUGUUUUGCAGGUGGAGGUUAGUCAUUCACGGGGGCAUAGACGGGUAUUCGCGUUUAGCGGUUUACCUUAAAUGCUCGGAUAACAACAGAGCUGAGACAGUUGGGAAUUCGUUUCUAGCUGCUGCCGAAGAAUACUGUUGGCCUUCCAGAGUAAGAACAGACAAGGGUGGAGAAAAUGCUGUGGUUGCUCGCUUGAUGAUAGAAAGGUGGGGAGAAGGACGCGGGAGUAUACUUCAAGGGAGCUCCGUCCAUAAUCAAAGAAUUGAGCGGCUUUGGAGAGACGUGAGGAAGAUGGUCUCGGAGUACUAUAGACGGUUGUUCUAUUUUCUCGAAAGCCAUCUUCUACUCGGCCCGAUAGGAGAAGUAGACUUAUUUUCCUUACAUUUUGUGUUUAUUCCAAGAAUAAAUAACAGUUUGAGUCAAUUCAGAGCUUCUUGGAAUAAUCACAAAUUAUCGACGGAGGGAAAAAAAAAACUCCAAAUCAACUUUACAUUCUUGGAAUGCUUCGGUUGUUUGGUUCAAACUACAUUGCUGUCAAAGACUUCUUUGAAGAGAAUAGAGUUCCUGAAAACUACGGGAUUUCCGAGCCAGAAGAGGUAG